GGCCGAAUGGGCUGAGCUCGCUGAAUGACACAUAGGCCGUGCUGCCGGGCGGCGGGCGCAGGACGGAGGAUGCUGGAUUUCGCUAUAUUCGCCAUCACCUUUCUCCUGAUCCUGGUGGGAGCCGUGCUGUACCUGUACCCGUCAUCUAGACAAGCAUGUGGUAUACCUGGACUUGCCCCCACAGAGGAGAAGGAUGGAAAUCUGCAGGACAUUGUGAACAAAGGGAGUCUACAUGAGUUCCUGGUGAAUUUACAUGAGAAGUAUGGCCCUGUGGCUUCCUUCUGGUUUGGUAGACGGCUUGUAGUGAGUCUUGGUUCAUUGGAUCUUUUAAGACAACACAUUAACCCCAACAAGACAUCCGACCCUUUCCAGAUGAUGCUGAAGUCACUCUUGGGAUACCAGUCAGGAGUUAUUAGGGAUUCAGCUGAAAGUCAUAUACAGAAGAAGUUGUAUGAGAAUGGAAUCAACAAGUCUUUGCAAAGUAACUUCAGUGUAAUAUUAAAGCUCUCUGAGGAGUUACUGUCAAAGUGGAGUUCGAUUCCUCAAUCUCAGCAUUUGCCCUUGUGUCAACAUAUGCUUGGGUUUGCCAUGAAAUCUGUUACUCAGGUUGCAAUGGGCAGCAUCUUUGAAGACGAUCAGGAAGUCCUCCGAUUCCGCAAAAACCAUGAUACUAUUUGGGCUGAGAUAGGAAAGGGGUUCCUUGAUGGAUCCAUAGAAAGGAGUCCCAAUAGAAAAAAACUGUAUGAGAAUGCUCUGAUGGAAAUGGAAACUGUGAUGAAGAGAGCCAUCAAGGAGCGCAGAGGAAAGAACCCUGGCAGAUAUGUGUUCAUGGACUCAUUACUACAAGGGAACAUGAGUGACAAGCAGGUUCUCGAAGACUGUAUGAUCUUCUCCUUGGCAGGGUGUGUGAUCACAGCAAACUUAUGCACAUGGGCCAUUUAUUUCUUGACAACUGCCGAAGGGGUUCAAGAAAAGUUGUACAAGGAGAUGACCCAGGUCCUUGGAAAAGGACCCAUCACAAUGGAGAACAUGGAACAGCUCAGCUAUUGCCGACAGAUACUGUGUGAGACCGUGCGAACAGCCAGCCUCACUCCAAUCUCUGCCCGUCUGCAAGAACUUGAAGGGAGAAUUGACCAGCAUGUCAUUCCUAAAGAGACUCUUGUGUUGUAUGCGCUCGGUGUAGUUCUACAGGAUAGCACAGCCUGGCCAUCGUCUUACAGAUUUAAUCCAGAACGGUUUGAAGAAGAAGCAGCCAAGCAGAACUUGACAUUGUUAGGCUUUUCUGGGAGCCAAGAGUGCCCUGAACUAAGGUUUGCCUACAUGGUAGCCACCAUACUUCUAAGUGUUCUCAUCAGGAAGCUGCAUUUACUGCCUGUGAAAGGUCAGGUGAUGGAGACCAAGUAUGAACUUGUGACUUCUCCAAAAGAAGAAGCUUGGAUCGCUCUGUCCAAGAGGAACUGAAAUGACCAGGCGCGUCCUGCCCUUCCUUUUCAUCUAGAGAAGACACAAAUAUUUUACUUCUCUUUCAACCCCGUUAUAUCUAUCCUCCCAACAACAUGACAGUGAAGUGUACCAGGAUAAUUAGUCUAAAUGAUUUAGUAAAUGUCCUCAGAAGGCAGUAUAACGGUUACGGGGUUACGUAGAACUCAUCAAUUAUUAACAUUCAGUACAGUUGCCGUUGCCUAAAAAUCCAGCUCCAGCUUGAAGGCCUUAUUUACACCACACUUGUUUGUGGAAGUUAAAGGGAACCUGUCACCAUGAAAAUGCAGUACAAUCUACAGGCAGCAUGUUAUAGAGCAGGAGGAGCUGAGCAGACUUCUAUAUGGAUUUAUUGGAAAUGAUAAAUCAAAACCUGUAAUUUAUUCACUGAAAUGUCUUCUCAUUCUCCGCUCCAUAGCCAUGUGGCCCAUCUUAUCAGUGACUGACUGCUCUCUAGGGUAUACAUAGAUACUUGGCUACUGAGGCAAUGAAUAAAUUACAAGUUUUGAUGAAUCAUUUUCCAUAAACUUAUAUCAGUCUGCUCAGCUCCUCCUGCUCUAUAACAUUCUGCCUGCUGUUUGCACUGCAUUUCAUGGUGACUGGUUCCCUUUAACAUUUAAUGCACUUGGAACAAAUACUGUAGGUAUUGUAAUCAUUUUAAUACACUGAUAAGGGUUGCCCACAUUACAGCGAUAAUGGACCAAUGUAGUCUUCUUUAAAUCCGUAGCUAUCCCAAAACUUGCGUUCAAUACACCAACUGACAGCAUCAGAUACAAGAUGUAUUUGAUAUCAUUGAUUUUCCUUGAAAGCAUAAAAUCUUCAAACAAAUCUUGUCUUCUAUAAUCUGAAUAUCUAUUGACGUGGUAGUGAAAAUUGUUCUUCUGCCAUUCAGGUAGCUAACAAACUGGAAUUAUUUUGGAAAGCUGUCUAGGUAAAGUAUUAGAACUUCAGAUUCAUCUAAUAGUUCUUCUCAUAAAAGUUUUAUUUUUUAUUUUUAUGUAGAAAACAU